GGAGCCGGCGCUGCCAUGCGCGGUGAGGGGCGUGGUCUGGAUAAGCCCCGCCCACCGCAUCGAGCCCCGCCCCCUUUCCGGUACCGGCCCCGCCCGAUGCCGCCGCCGGGCCCCUCCGCGGGCGCCCCCUGCCGCUCGGCCCCCGCCCCGCCCCACCGGCGGAGGCCCCGCCCGUUCCGGCGCUCACCCCGCCCUGCCCCGCCUCGGUCCGGCCCAGCCCCGCGCGGUAAGAUGGCGGCGGCGGCGGCGGCCGAGGCCGAGUGCGAUGUGGUCAUGGCGGCGCCCGACGGGCCCGGCGAUGCCGACAGCGACGAGGAGGCGCGCAGAGAAGCAGAAGCAUUCAAGGAGCAGGGAAAUGCAUACUACGCCAAGAAAGACUACAACGAAGCAUUCAACUACUACACAAAAGCCAUAGAUACGUGUCCCAAUAAUGCCAGCUAUUAUGGGAACAGAGCUGCCACGCUCAUGAUGCUGGGGAGGUUCCGGGAAGCGCUGGAGGACGCUCAGCAAUCGGUCAGGUUGGACGACAGCUUUGUACGGGGCCAUCUCCGGGAAGGGAAGUGCCACCUUUCCCUAGGGAAUGCCAUGGCUGCCAGCCGCUGCUUUCAACGAGUUUUAGAGCUGGAUCAUAAGAAUACCCAGGCACAGCAGGAGCUGAAGAAUGCCACGACUGUGCUUGAGUAUGAGAAAAUAGCUGAAGUGGAUUUUGAGAAACGGGAUUUCAGGAAGGUUGUGUUUUGCAUGGAUCGUGCUUUGGAGUUUGCCCCCGCGUGUCACCGGUUCAAAAUCCUCAAGGCCGAGUGCUUGGCGCUGCUGGGCCGGUACCCCGAGGCACAGUCUGUGGCCAGCGAUAUCCUGCGGAUGGACUCGACCAACGCCGACGCGCUGUACGUGCGCGGGCUGUGCCUGUACUACGAGGACUGCAUCGAGAAGGCCGUGCAGUUCUUCGUGCAGGCCCUCAGGAUGGCCCCCGACCACGAGAAGGCUUGUCUUGCCUGCAGGAAUGCCAAAGCACUUAAAGCGAAGAAGGAGGACGGGAAUAAAGCAUUCAAGAAAGGCAACUACAAACUAGCGUAUGAACUGUACACAGAGGCACUAGGAAUAGACCCAAACAAUAUCAAAACAAAUGCCAAACUCUACUGCAACAGGGGGACGGUUAAUUCAAAGCUUAGGAAACUUGAAGAAGCAAUCGACGACUGCACGAACGCAGUGAAACUGGACGACACGUAUGUCAAAGCCUACCUGAGGAGGGCACAGUGUUACAUGGACACAGAACAAUAUGAAGAUGCUGUAAGAGACUAUGAGAAGGUUUAUCAGACAGAGAAAACAAAAGAACACAAGCAGCUCCUAAAGAACGCACAGGUGGAACUGAAAAAGAGCAAACGGAAAGACUACUACAAAAUCCUGGGGGUGAACAAAAACGCCUCUGAAGAUGAGAUCAAGAAGGCUUACAGGAAACGAGCACUAAUGCACCAUCCAGACCGACACAGUGGAGCAAGUGCAGAAGUACAAAAGGAAGAAGAGAAGAAAUUUAAGGAGGUUGGUGAAGCCUUUACCAUCCUGUCAGAUCCCAAGAAGAAGGCCCGCUAUGACAGUGGGCAGGAUUUGGAAGAGGAUGGAUUAAACAUGGGAGAAUUUGAUCCAAAUAACAUCUUCAAGGCCUUCUUCAGCGGGCCAGGGGGCUUCAGCUUCGAAGCUUCUGGGCCUGGAAAUUUCUUUUUCCAGUUUGGCUAAGAAGCAAACAAACACAAAUCAAACCACACAUACCUGAUCUGCUUCUUUUAACCUCGAAUACGGACAGCCCCAGACUCCUCCUCCAUCACGUCUCGUUGUCCUUAGAGCAGUUUCAUUUCUGGGUUGGAGCCUCUGUUUGUGUGUUGUGUGUGUGAAGAGGAAACCAGCUCGGGAGGGGAAGGCUUGUGAAUUUUGUUUUACUGUUAACUUUAUUAAAAAAAAAAAAAAAAUAAAGCUUUGAAUCUUCUGGUCCCUC